GCUUCCUCGCUGCUUUUUCUAACCUCAAUAAUUACGAUCUGGAUCGUCGCGACGGACGUUUGGUUUUUGGCAAAAUGACCACCGGAGCUUUGGUUGUUUUUCCGGCCAACACAACGACUGACGGUUGGACUGCCUGGCGGCUGUCUAGAUCACUUUGCACAAUCAAAAGCGUUCUGCAGGAUCGUUAAUAGAUCUAUUGUGAACAAUUUGUUCGAGGUUGUGACAUAGGAUAAUAAUCGCACAGAGGAUUAGAUAGCUUUUAGAACCGAUAUGAUUCCGUCUCAAUACUGUGAUCAGUCAUCCAAACGUGCCCUAGAAAUAAGCGAAUAUGACUCGCUCGCGACGACUUCCUACAUGGCCGGCAGGCAUUUGAGUAAGUCCGCGUCCGAACUGAGUAGCCCAAGAGAAAUGCCCGAAGCCAGGUGUAGAUCUGCCGCACCGGCAGAUGCCGAACAUCCCCACAUCUCCGUGUAUCAAAAAGCACACAGUUUUUUUGCUCAAUUAAAGACUCGCCUGGGCCACCACAGCAAGCGCGAGCGUCGCCACAAGUCGCCCCAUCGCCAAGAGUCGUCCGAUUACGCGGCUGAUCUGAGCAGCGAGCACAGCACUCCGAGCACGGCGAGUCCGAGGCACCGGCUCUACAAUCGCACAGAUUCUCCGUUAAGUCGUACCUGCGGAGACACGACCAGUUCUCCAGGUGGCUCCCCUCGACCACGUGCACCUACUCCAGGAGCUGUGGCUGGAUUGGAUUUACUACCCCUCAGUUCGAACGAUGAAGUAUUGCGAAGGAGGGAGGCCACGCUCCGGCAGCAUUCGUUUUUCCAGCUCAGGGUGUAUUUACGAAGGGGACACGGGCUGGUAGCCAUGGAUAAAAACGGUCUGAGCGAUCCCUACGUCAAAUUCAAAAUAGGAGGCCGGUUAAUUUACAAAUCAAGGACGAUAUACAGGGACCUGAAUCCCGUGUGGGACGAGAGCUUUACAGUGCCUAUCGAAGACCCCUUUCUUCCCAUAUCCAUUAAGGUGUUCGAUUACGAUUGGGGCUUGCAGGAUGACUUUAUGGGUUCAGCCGUAUUAGAUUUAGUUAGUUUAGAUUUAGGACGAAGCAACGAACUAGUCUUGCCCUUACAAGAUCCCUCUAGACCAGAGACUUGUUUAGGAAAUAUUUAUAUUACAGUUACACUAUUACCUAAGACACAAGAGGAUAAAGAAAUUUACUUCCAAAAAAAUACCAAAAGUCAAGACGUAAACAAAAGACUUAAGUCGCAAAUUUGGAGUUCCGUAGUUACCAUAGUUUUAAUCGAAGGAAGAAACCUUCUUGCCUGUGAUCCCGAAACGGGUACUUCCGACCCAUACGUUAAGUUUAGAUUAGGACAUGAAAAAUAUAAAAGUCGAACGAUAUGGAGAUCGUUAAAUCCCAGAUGGUUGGAGCAGUUCGAUUUACAUUUAUACGAUGACGGAGACCAACAAUUAGAAAUGACUGUGUGGGACAAAGAUAGAACGAGAGACGACUAUAUAGGAAGAUGCGUGAUAAAUCUUAUGGAAAUGGAACGGGAGAGAACGUACAAUUUAUGGCAAGAGCUGGAAGACGGCGCGGGAGUGCUCCAUUUAUUAUUGACGAUCAGCGGUACCACGGCGUCAGAAACCAUUUCGGAUCUAACCAGCUACGAGGAGAAUCCGAGAGAAAGGGAAAACAUAGUAAAUCGUUACAUGUGGCACCGGACGUUCCAUAACCUGAAAGACGUGGGUCAUCUGACGGUCAAAGUGUUCAAAGCGACCGGCCUGGCAGCGGCAGAUAUCGGAGGCAAGAGCGACCCCUUCUGCGUGCUGGAACUGGGAAACGCCCGCCUCCAGACCCAAACGGAAUACAAAACUUUGUCGCCGCACUGGAACAAAAUUUUCACGUUCAACGUCAAGGAUAUUAACAACGUGCUGGAGGUGAUUGUUUUCGACGAGGACAGGGAUCACAAAGUCGAGUUUCUGGGUAAAAUUGCCAUUCCCUUACUCCGAAUCCGAAACGGAGAAAAGCGAUGGUACGCCCUAAAAGACAAGAAACUUCGCAGCAGGGCCAAGGGCAACUCUCCCCAAAUCCUAUUGGAAAUGUACAUCGAAUGGAACCCGAUUAGGGCGUGUAUACGCACGCUGAAUCCCAGAGAGGAGAAAUUCAUGCAGACGGAGAUGAAGUUUAAGCGACAAGUUUUCGUUAGGAACGUGUUAAGGCUUAAAGUCUUUUUAAUGCAUUUCUUGGAAAUCGGAAAGUUCUUCCAGGAUUCUUUCGAAUGGGAGUCAAAAUUUCAAAGUUUUGCCGCUUUAAUCGUUUGGUUGUUGCUGUGUUAUUAUUUUCAAAUAUGGAUGGUACCGGUCGGUGCUUUGUUACUUUUUGGCAAGCAGUAUAUUGUCAGAACUUUGGCUGGACCGUCGUCGGUACCAUGGGAUGAAAUUGCUGACUCGGAUAUUGACGAAGAAGAUGAAGAUGAUAAAGAAAAGGAAGAGAAAAAAAGUUUAAAAGAACGACUACAAACCAUACAAGAAGUAACACAGGGUGUCCAAAAUGCAAUUGGCAGAAUAGCCUCUCUACUGGAAAGCGUGAAAAACAUGUUUAACUUUACCGUGCCGUAUCUAUCUUGGAUCGCAAUAACUCUGCUAACUCUUGCCACAUUAGUCUUGUAUAUUAUUCCUAUUCGCUAUUUACUUAUGAUGUGGGCCACGAACAAAUUUUUAAGGAGGUUAUUCCGACCUCAUGUGGUGCCUAACAACGAAAUAUUGGAUUUGUUGUCGAGAAUACCUGACGACGAGAUGCUGACGUACAUAAAAUUAUUGGCCGUCGGAUUGUCCUCCCACCUGGGACGUAUGUCGGUUAUACGGUGGUACUUGCAGCUGGACUACAAGGACCUCAAGCUGCUGUCCAGCCCGGAGAGUGAGCGACGGCCCAAUCCGAAGAAGCACAAGCACAAAGCGUCCUAGUGGAGGAGGAACCUGGUUAUGAACCUCCAGCGCUCGUGGAAGGUGCGCUUCGAGAGGGGUACCGAAAAGGCUGAUUAGUUUGUAUUUUGCCAGUUGUAUUAGGUUAGAUUGUACAUGACGUUUAAUACAUCGUCAUAAGUUUUUUUAAAUUUAUUUGAUUAUAAAAAUAUUGAUUGCGACAUAAUAAUAUCCAUAUUAAGUGUUAUCUUAAUAGUUGAGAAGAGAGUAAAAGUUAAAUACCAGACAUGAUAUAUUAGAUAACAGUGGCAGACUGCAUUGAUAAAACUAAUUCUACACAAUCUUAAUACCUAGUCUGAUAACAUUUUAUUUCCCUUAUACGAUAAUCGCAAAAUAUUUUCCGAUGCACGUCAUCAAUAAUAUCGACAUUGACACUUAAGACACUAAAUGAAAUUUUGGCAAAAAUGUUUAAAUUUGUUGUUUAA